CCACAGCCCGCCCCCUGCAGCCCCGGUCCCCAGCCCUCAAAGACAGCGGAACUGAGAGAAGAGGCCUGUGGACAGAAAAGCCAUGUCCGACUCCCUGGUAGUGUGCGAGGUGGACCCAGAGCUAAAGGAAAAGCUGAGGCAAUUCCGCUUCCGAAAAGAGACCGACAACGCAGCCAUAAUAAUGAAGGUGGACAAAGACCGGCAGAUGGUGGUACUGGAGGAAGAAUUUCAGAACAUUUCCCCGGAGGAACUCAAAAUGGAGCUGCCAGAGAGACAGCCCAGGUUCGUGGUUUACAGCUACAAGUACCUGCAUGAGGAUGGCCGGGUGUCCUACCCUUUGUGUUUCAUCUUCUCCAGCCCUGUGGGCUGCAAGCCCGAACAACACAUGAUGUACGCAGGCAGUAAGAACAGGCUGGUGCAGACGGCAGAACUCACCAAGGUAUUUGAAAUCCGCACCACCGAUGACCUCACCGAGGCCUGGCUCCAAGAGAAGUUGUCUUUCUUUCGUUGACCUCUGGGCAGACUUGGAUUCCUGAUGUCCGAAUCUCCAGUGGACUGGGGACUGGGACCCCUAGCACGUGAACAUCCAAGACCCUAAAGGAAUUAAAAACGCGAGAACUCAGA